AUGAGUCCAGGGCAGAGCGCUGUGGAGAGAGGUGGCACGUCUGCCAGGGGAGCUGCUCGGGCUCUCUGCGGAGUGUUCAAGUGCGCUAGUGUCAGUGUGGCUCCGGGGGACGCCCAGCCAGGUCUGUCCUGGGCUUCCCGGGGGCACAGGCUUCCAGGAUGGCCUAUGGUGCCCAAAAAUGAAAGAGAAAAAAAACCCACAGAGCACUUUGGUGUGGGUGUGAAGAUUCCAAAGAGCUUUCACAAAACAAUUUUAAAGUUGACACCUCAUAUUGUGAUUUUUAGGCACUGGGGCCAGGAUCUGAGUCCUGAAAACAGACGUAUCGCACUUAAGCAAUUCCAGUAUUACGGCUACAACGCUUACCUGAGCGAUCGCUUGCCCCUGGACAGGCCCCUGCCUGACCUGAGGCCUAACGGGUGCAGAAACCUUACAUUUCCUGACAGGCUUCCUGAGGUCAGCAUUGUAUUCAUAUUUGUUAAUGAAGCGCUCUCGGUGAUUCUGCGCUCCAUUCAUUCAGCCAUUGACCGGACUCCUGCUCACCUCCUCAAAGAGAUUAUUUUAGUUGAUGAUAACAGUAAUAACGAAGAACUCAAGGAGAAACUAAAGAAGUAUGUUGAUGAAGUGAACGCCCACAAGCCUGGUUUCAUCAAGGUUGUUAGACACAGCAAACAAGAGGGGCUGAUUCGAUCUCGAGUUAGCGGGUGGAGGGCAGCCACAGCACCAGUAGUUGCUCUCUUUGAUGCCCAUGUGGAAUUCAAUGUGGGGUGGGCAGAACCAGUGCUCACUAGAAUAAAAGAAAACAGAAAAAGAGUAAUUUCUCCAUCGUUUGAUAACAUUAAGUAUGAUAAUUUUGAAAUAGAGGAGUAUCCCCUCUCAGCUCAGGGGUUUGACUGGGAGCUGUGGUGCCGAUAUCUGAACCCUCCUAAGUCAUGGUGGAAACUGGAGAACACAACUGCUCCAAUAAGAAGUCCUGCAUUGAUUGGAUGCUUCAUAGUAGAUAGAGAAUAUUUCCAAGAGAUUGGCUUACUGGAUGAAGGCAUGGAAGUGUAUGGAGGAGAAAAUGUGGAGCUUGGAAUCAGGGUAUGGCAAUGUGGAGGAAGUGUUGAGGUUCUACCCUGUUCCAGGAUUGCCCACAUUGAAAGAGCACAUAAACCAUACACAGAAGAUCUAACUGCUCAUGUCCGGAGAAACGCGCUAAGGGUGGCUGAAGUCUGGAUGGAUGAAUUUAAGAGCCAUGUCUAUAUGGCAUGGAACAUACCCCAGGAGGACUCUGGAAUAGAUAUUGGUGAUAUUUCUGAGAGGAAGGCCUUGAGGAAAAAGCUCCAGUGCAAGACCUUUCGGUGGUAUCUUGUCAGCGUGUAUCCAGAAAUGAGAAUGUAUUCAGAUACUGUCGCCUAUGGGGUGCUACAGAAUUCCCUGAAAAGUGAUUUGUGCCUUGAUCAAGGGCCAGACACGGAGAAUAUCCCAAUCAUGUAUAUCUGCCAUGGAAUGACACCACAGAAUGUUUAUUACACAAGCAAUCAGCAGCUCCAUGUGGGUGUUCUGAGUCCCACUAUCGACGAUGAUGACAACAGAUGCCUGGUGGAUGUGAACAGCAGGCCCAGGCUCAUUGAAUGCAAUUAUGCCAAAGCCAAGAGAAUGAAGCUUUACUGGCAGUUUACUCAGGGAGGUCCAAUCCAGAACCGAAAAUCCAAGCGUUGCCUGGAAUUGCAGGAAAACAAUGAAAAUGAAUUUGGAUUUCAACUCGUCCUUCAGAAAUGCACUGGACAGCGCUGGUCUAUAACAAAUGUCCUGAAAAGCUUGUCAUCAUAGCAGACUGAAUUUUUUACCCAUUUCUUUUGCUACCGUGUAGCAAAUAUUACAUUGUUGCCUGCUGUACUGUAUUCCUGUCACCUCACCCCCGGGUUCCUUCUCUCCUAUUUUUUGUCCCUUGGAUUUUAUUUUUGAGUGUGUGGAAAUUGGGUUUGUGGGCUGAAAAUAAGACAUUUUUAUUUCACAAUGAUGUUUUCAUGACAUUUAUAGAAACCUUGAAUGACAGGUGAUGGGUAGGCUAUCCUAAAAUAUUUUACAAGUGUAAAUAGGAAACAAAUGGAGAAUAUUUAUAACUCAAACUUUUAUUGAAUAAAAAAGUCCAAACACUA